CUGUAAUUCAUACGCCUGAUUGUUGAAUACAAUAUCUAUUUACCCCACGUACAGGUUACCUUCUACGCUGCUUACUUACGUAUAUAUGCGAUUACCUAAGCUAACCCUGCAUGACCUCCGAGAGAGACCACCUGUAACUGUACAAGCAACAACGAUGGAUGAACACUGUUGUACAGUUGUGUUGAAAGACAAUCAAGCUGGCUCUUGCGAUAUGCUUCCGGCUACAUACGGUGGGAGCGCGCUGUCUCCGGAAGACCGUAUGACAACGACCGGAACAAUCCACUGCUCCCUCCCUGUAUCACUCGAGGACACCGAUAUUGACCUAUUGCCCGACACCAAAGUCAUCAGUAUUAACCUGAUCAGAAAUGUAUCAAAUAUCGAGAUGCAUGAUCUGUUGGCUUCGAACAAUGUCAUUCCACCACGGCUCUCACUAGACAUGGACGAAUUAGCAUACUUAAACCACUUCGCUGCGAGAACUCUUAACGCUGCAAAUUAUGCCUACUUGACAGAUAUUGAGCCUAUAUGGGACCUUAGCUCGCUUGAGUUCAUGAGUGGGCGGGCCCUCAGAAUUGAAUCGGGUGACGCUCAGAUGUACCUUUGGAUGAGCUUAACUUUAGGUAUGGGCAUGGUUGCAAUCGCUGUUCUCGUAGCUAUAUUUUGGAUUCUCAUUAGACUCAGACAGCAACUGAGAUGCUUAGCAACAUGGCCCCGAGCUGCUACUGAAGAGGCCCGAACACGGCAGGAGACAGAACCUAUGCCGGCUGCGGUUGAACUAUGUGAAGUUGAGGGGGAUGGCAUUGUGCGGGAGAAGCCGGAUGAUCAUAAGUUUAUCUAUGAAUUACCUGUGGUGCCUGCAGAGUUACCAACUUGUGCUUAAACCACCAUAGUUGGGACGAUGUAGGCAGCCUUGGUAGUACUAACGACUCUCUGGUAUUCGGGAAUCACCUACUUCCCAUACACCGCAUGUUGAUUUUUAAGCUGCUUCAACAUGUAUGUUAGUGCGCUAUAUUAUCUGAUUUCUUUUAUGCACCACGUUGUUUGGUAAGGAUGGAGUACCCGGCGGUGUUCUGGUUUCAUAUCGGCGACUGGGAGAGGCGAACAUUAUCAAUCCCCGUACCCUUUCCCGUACUUUUGGGCAGUCCCAUCAGACAAGCAUCGGAUAUUUCUCCCUCUCGCCGCUUGAAUACUAGGGGACAAACCGCCAAAGGGUUAUUGUGUCGUGUGUGCC